AUGGCAGAGUUGGUUGGGAGUUUAAGCAAAACCAUAUCUCGCAUCGAAGAGUAUACUCGACAGCCAGAGUUUAGAGACGCGACUUUGGAGCAGGUAAAGGUCCGGGCGGACAAGUUGGAGAAAUAUUAUGAGCGUUUCAUAGAAGCGCACCAAAAGCAAGUAGAACGUGCACCUAAAAAGGCAAAUAAGUAUGAUGAAAUGGCUGCGCAGGUUGAAACACUUUAUUUUGCAGCACAUUCGGCUCUUAUAGCCAAAGUAAAUGCUCUAACGCCAGCUCCACCUUCCGCGGUACAACAACCGCUGGCAGUGCAGGUAAACUGGCCUUAUCAGCAACAUGAUUUAAAAAAUACGUGGGGAGAAUUCGACGGGACAAUCACGAAGUGGUCCGGUUUCCGUGACCGGUUUAUAGCAGCUAUACACAGCAAUGACAAUGUUUCGCCUGCAUUUAAAUUUUCGUAUUUGAAAAAGUCCUUGGUAGGGAAGGCGGCGCGAACGCUGGGGGAAUGGCAACUAACUGACGACAAUUAUAUUGAAGCGUGGGAUCGGCUUAAGCAGUUGUAUGAUAGAAAGUAUCCAAUCUGCCGAGAGCAUUUGCGUCAACUGUUUCGCUUGCCGGCCGUUGAGGGUUCACCGCGGCCUAAUGACUUACAACGCAUGUCGAAUGUUACACACGAAGCAUUACGUCAGCUUCGUGCUCAGGGAAUUCCUGUAGAAGGUUGGGACAUGAUUAUUGUUCAUAUACUCCAUGAGCGGCUAGAUGCGGAGACUAGCAAACAAUGGGAACUCCAACGUCAAUCGGAGACGCCAACAAUCAAGCAAAUGUUAGACUUUUUGGAUCGCCAGGCAUCUGCUCUGGCAAAUGUAGCUGAUGUACGUCGAUCGCGUAUCCAUAUUGGACGCGAGGCUACAGGUACUAGCCGCGGUUUAGAUGGUAACGGAGAGCGUGCUAGGCGAAAUGAGGGGUCAUAUAGCACAGCUGUUAAAAAAGCUAUUGCUUGUGCUGCAUGUGGGCGUGAUCAUGCAAUUUGGACGUGUGGUGAAUUUAUGGGCCUUACCUUACGAGCACGCGAGGACUUGGUAAAUAAGAAUAACCUUUGUCGAAAUUGCUUAAAACGUGGCCAUACGGCUGGCAGUUGCUUUCAAGGUGUUUGCCCACGUUGCUCAGGGCAGGUGAAACACAAUAGCCUGCUGUGCCCUAAAAAGGAAAUAACGAAACAUGCACUUAUAGUUAAGGAUGUAGAUGCUUCUUAUACACGCAAAGACAAGAGAUGCUCAACGAAACGACAGCGAGAUGUAGCUGUCAGUCGCGUUUAUACUGCACAGGUUAAUCAUCCCGAAGAUUUUUCGGAUAUCGACAACGAGAUCAAAAGAGUUGAUAAGCAAUUGAGUUUACUUCAUAAGCAAGAUCAAUUGUUAAAGAAGCGCAAGGUAGUUUUCGAACAGGAAAAAGAUUGUAAUACGAGUAAUAUCAAAGAGAGAGAAAUAAAUGCUAAUCAGCAGUAUGGCGGUUCGUUUAACUUUGGUUUAGAUUUAAUGCCUGCUCUGCUGCCGACUGUUAUGAUCAGGUUAGAAGCGGAUGGGCAAUGUAUCGGACCUGUUCGAGCAUUAUUAGAUUGUGGGGCGCAGCCGAACUUGAUUGCGUCUAGCCUGCAUAACAGGUAUAAACUCCCUAGUUUGCCAGCCACACACAAGAUGAUUGGAAUUGAGGGGCAGUCUAUCGAUGUAAGUCGGCGAGUAGUUUUGAAAGUAAGGCCAUGGUUUGACUCAGGCAGCUAUAUAGAGGAAGAAUUUUGGAUAUUGCCUAGUGAAAAUAACUGGGAACCUGUACUGCCGAAUACUGUGGGUAGGGCACACCCUAUAAGUAAGUCUCUGUCUAUGCAGUUCGCUGAUCCAGAGUAUUGGAAGCCUGAGAAAGUACGCGUUAUUCUCAAUGUUAAAGUAUUUGCAAAAGUCUUGGUCGCAGUGCAUCCCGUGCAGUCAGAAGGGACGGCGCUUAUAGAAACUCGUUUAGGUCUAGUCGUCUGCGGUACUCAGGUUCCAAUUGAUGGCGGCACAGGCACACCGACUUCAUAUAUUAAUUGUACAAUUUCUGAAGAUCUUGGUGAGCUGGUUAAGCGGUUUUGGCAAUUAGAUGAAAUUGCUACGUGUUCCAAGCGCACUGAAGAAGAAGAAAAGGUCGAACGAAUUUUUUUAGAAACAUAUUCUCGUGAUAGUACAGGAAGAUUCACGGUCACAAUUCCAAUAAAAGAGAAUAUAAGCGAUAUUGGGUGUUCAAGGGAUAUUGCACUGCAGCGUUUUUGGUCUUUGGAAAAAAGAUUGAGCCGAGAUUCUGAAUUGAAAAAACAAUAUGUCGAGUUCAUGAGGGAGUAUGAGCAACUAGGUCACAUGGAGCAAGUUUCCAAACCAGCCACGCCGGGUGAGAUGGUAUACUACAUCCCUCAUCACUGCGUAAUUAAGAAAUUUAGAGUAGUUUUUGAUGCCAGCUGCAGAACAAAUAAGGGCAUUUCUCUAAACGAUGUACAGAUGUUGGGCGAAAAGCUACAGCGCGAUCUAACAGAAAUUAUUAUGAGAUUCCGUAGGCAUAAAUUUGGGGUCAUUGGCGAUAUUAAGAUGAUGUUCCGUCAGGUGCUCAUCAACAAAGAGCAGUGGAACUUGCAACGCAUUUUUUGGAGGGAGUAUAGCAGUGAACCUUUGAGAGAGUAUUGCUUGAAGGUUGUUACUUAUGGAAUGACAUCGUCAGCUUUCAACGCAGUUCGAGCGGUUAUACAGUGCGCACGAGAUGCGGCCGAGGAAUUUCCAGAAGCCUCUAGGAUAAUUGAAAAUGAUUUGUAUAUGGAUGAUUGCAUUACCGGAGCAGAAAGUGAAGAUAAAGCGAUAGAAAUGGCGAAAUCAGUGCAAAAUGUGUUAGCAGGGGGAGGUUUUCAAAUGAGAAAGUGGAAAUCGAACUCCAAAACACUGAUAACAGACAUGCGGUCGGAUGAAGAAGAGGACAGUAUGUUCAUAGACGAGGAAAGAGCCACAGUUCUAGGACUUAAAUGGAAUAUUGCUCGAGAUCAAUUCACCUUUGUUGUAAAGACUCCCGAGGUUGAAGGUUUGGUUACCAAAAGGAAAAUUUUGAGCUUGGUGGCGCAGCUUUAUGACCCUAACGGGUACAUAUCUCCUGUUACAAUGAUGGGGAAAGUACUGAUACAAGAUUUGUGGCGCCUUGGUAUAGAAUGGGAUACACCUGUGGGUAACGAAAUAGAAGAGAGAUUCAAAAGAUUUUGGGAAGAUAUGAAAUGCCUGGAGGGGUUCACUUUGGAUAGAUGGAUCGGCACUGGUGAUGGUCAACGUGUUGAGCUGCAUGGGUUCUCUGACGCGUCAACAUUAGCAUAUGGUGCCGUAAUUUAUGUACGUGUGGAAAACGGAAACGGAGUCGCGAAAACAACCUUGCUUGCAUCCAAAUCACGGGUAGCGCCCAUGAAAACUGUUUCAGUGCCCAGGUUGGAGUUGGCUGCCGCGGAGCUUUUAUCACGUUUGCUGGUUGAGGUUAUGAGAGCUAUGGAAUUUUCUGAAAUAAAGUAUACGUUGUGGACAGACUCUCAGGUGGUAUUGCACUGGAUUGGUAAAAUUCCACGGGACUUGAAAACGUUUGUAGCAAAUCGCGUUUCGUCGAUACAAACGAACACUGAUAUAAAAAGAUGGAGAUACAUUAAUACGAAAGAUAAUCCAGCCGAUCUAUUAAGUCGCGGUAUGAGGCCAUCAGAUAUUAUAAACAAUAAGCUGUGGGUACAAGGUCCGGAGUGGUUAAAUCAGGAAUCGACGUGCUGGCCUGAUUGUGUGUUUGUGCCAAACACAGCGGCGGAGGCUGAAGUUGAGUUUAAAGUGUUUUCGGUAUCAAACACCAAGGAGCCAUUGCAGAUUUCCAGACGUACUGCGAAGCAGAAGGUAGCAAUAAUAGACUAUGUUGAUAAAUUGGAGAGAGCGGUCAAUAUUGUUGCCUAUCUAUUUAAAUUUAUUGCGAACGCAAAAAUGCAUGCAGUAGCGACGAGGAGGAGAAGAGGUGAAAUGGAGUGCGUAGCAUUAAGUAAUGAGCACAGAGUCAAGGCGAUGAAUUUCCUAGUACGACAGGAGCAAGAGACAUUUUACGACAAAGAGAUUGCGUGCCUAAAAAGUGGCAAACCAAUUGCGGAGAAGAGCAAAAUUGAGUCUUUGAAACCGAUACUAAGAGACGGUCUUCUCAGGGUUCAUGGCCGUUUGAAAAAUUCAAACCUAAGUGAGAAUAUGCGUCAUCCUGUAAUUGUCCCCGGAGGAUCAAGAUUGGGAUGGCUGAUCAUGGAUCAUGCUCAUCGGGAAACUAAGCAUGGCGGUGUCCAGGUGAUGAUGCAGUUCAUUCGGCAGUGUUAUUGGAUUCCACGUCUGCGUAGCUCAUUGAGACAAUAUUUGCAUAACUGUGUGACUUGUGUACGACACAGUCGUCGAAUUGAAUCGCAAUUGAUGGCAGAUUUGCCUGCCGACCGAGUAAGAGCAGGUAAACCGUUUUUGCACGUUGGGGUUGACUAUGCAGGGCCUAUGGAUAUUAAGAUGAUUGAUAGAGAAGGUAGCCAAAUCACGAGACAAAAGGUAUGGAUCGCUGUAUUCGUAUGCCUGAAGACACGGGCCGUUCAUUUAGAUAUUGUGAGCGACCUAACAACGGUAGCAUUUAUUGCCUGUUACGAAAGAUUUGUUGCUCGUCGUGGACGAUGUGAACGAAUUUACAGCGACAACGGUACAGCGUUUGUGGGUGCAGCGAAGGAAAUGAGGCGAGCGGUGGAUAAUUGGUAUAAGAAGGAGAUGUUCCAGCAUUUGUCAACACAGGGUACUGAGUGGCAGUUUAUGACGCCGGCGGCCCCGCACCAGGGCGGAAUAUAUGAAGCUGCGGUCAAAUCAAUGAAGCACCAUCUGAUUCGAGUCAUCGGGCUUCGAGUGUUACCUUUCGAGCAAUUACAGACAUUACUUACACAAAUCGAGGCAAUACUUAAUUCUCGUCCCCUACAAGCUUUGAGUGAUGACCCAGACGAUCUUCAAGCUCUUACACCUGGACACUUCCUGACCGGAGAGCCAUUGGUUUUACCUUUACCUUUUGAUGUAUCAGACACGUCUUCAGCUAAGGGGAUGCAGCUUUGGAGAGAAAGACAGCGCAUCGUGAAAACGUUUUGGGAAGAUGGCACAAUGAAUACCUGA